AUGACCCUGGGCAGCUGCUGCUGCGAGAUCAUGUCCUCCGAGAGCUCCCCGGCCGCUCUAUCCGAGGCGGACGCAGACAUAGACGUGGUGGGCGGCGGAGGCGGCAGCAGCGGUGGGGGGGAACUCCUGGCCCGCCCCGGGCCCCGGGUCCCGCGGGACGUGCUCCCGCACGGCCCGGAGCCUCCCUCGGAGGAAGCCGAGGCGGACGCAGCUGAGGAAGAGGAGUCGGGCGGCUGCUCGGACGGGGAGCCCCGCGCUCUAGCGCCCCGGGGGGCGGUGGCCGCAGCGGGAAGCCCUGGGCCAGGCGCGGCGGCGGCCCGGGGCGCGGCGGGGCCCGGACCGGGACCGCCGUCGGGGGGCGCGGCGACGCGGAGCCCGCUGGUAAAGCCGCCCUACUCGUACAUCGCACUCAUCACCAUGGCCAUCCUACAGAGCCCCAAGAAGCGCCUGACGCUUAGCGAGAUCUGCGAGUUCAUCAGCGGUCGCUUCCCCUACUACCGGGAGAAGUUCCCCGCCUGGCAGAACAGCAUCCGCCACAACCUCUCACUUAACGACUGCUUCGUCAAGAUCCCCCGCGAGCCGGGCAACCCGGGCAAGGGCAACUACUGGACGCUGGACCCGGAGUCUGCCGACAUGUUCGACAACGGCAGCUUCCUGCGGCGCCGCAAGCGCUUCAAGCGGCAACCCCUACCGCCGCCGCAUCCACACACGCACCCUCACCCGGAGCUGCUGUUGCGUGGCGGGGCUGCGGCGGCGGGGGACCCCGGCGCCUUUCUGCCGGGCUUCGCCGCUUACGGCGCCUACGGCUACGGCUACGGGUUGGCGCUCCCUGCCUACGGCGCUCCCCCUCCGGGCCCGGCCCCGCAUCCGCAUCCACACCCGCACGCCUUCGCUUUCGCUGCCGCAGCCGCAGCCGCGCCUUGCCAGUUGUCGGUUCCCCCAGGCCGUGCCGCUGCGCCUCCACCCGGACCUCCGACGGCCUCAGUGUUCGCGGGCGCGGCCUCGGCUCCGGCCCCUGCGCCUGCCCCUGGCACAGGUUCGGGCCCGGGCUCGGGCCCCGCAGGCCUGCCCGCCUUCCUGGGCGCAGAGCUGGGCUGCGCCAAAGCUUUCUACCCCGCGUCACUGAGUCCUCCCGCAGCCGGCACCGCGGCUGGUCUGUCCACCGCACUCCUGCGUCAGGGCCUCAAGACAGACACGGGAGGUGGUGCGGGCGGCGGGGGUGCCGGGGCCGGGCAGAGGCCUUCCUUCUCUAUAGACCACAUCAUGGGCCACGGUGGCGGCGGGGCAGCACCCCCGGGCGGAGGCGAGGGCUCACCGGGGUCGCCGUUCGCGGCGGCUGGUCCUGGGGGUCAAGCCCAAGUCUUGGCCAUGCUGACUGCCCCGGCUCUGGCUCCAGUGGCCGGCCACAUCCGCCUCUCUCACCCGGGGGACUCCCUCCUGUCCUCAGGGCCCCCGUUUGCCGGCAAAGUUGCUGGUCUCAGUGGCUGCCACUUCUGA